CAGGUACUACACAUCCCUGGCAUAUUGUGUGCCUGGCAGCCAGCACUGACUCCAAAGAGGCGGGAGGGCAGCCUGUGUGAGUGACUGUGACAAUGACUGGCCAACACUGCUGGGGAUACGGGGAGGAAGACGGUCCAUCUGAAUGGCACCACUACUUCCCUAUCGCUGAGGGGAACCGCCAAUCUCCCAUUGACAUAGUUUCCAAUCAGGCUGUUUUUAAUCCUAGUCUUAAUCCUCUAGUCAUUUCCUAUGAUCACUGCACAUCCAUUAACCUUUCAAACAAUGGGCAUUCUGUCAUGGUGGAGUUUGACGACUAUGAUGACAAGACAGUGAUAACCGGCGGCCCACUAGAAGGAUCAUACAGAUUGAAGCAAUUUCACUUUCACUGGGGAACCCAGCGCAACAGUGGGUCAGAACAUACCGUGGACGGGAAGUCUUAUCCCUGUGAGCUCCACUUGGUGCACUGGAACGCUAGAGCGUAUUCUUCUUUUGGAGAAGCAGCUGCAGCUCCAGAUGGUUUGGUGGUAAUUGGUGUUUUUCUGGAAACUGGUGGACAACACUCAGGCCUCAACAGACUUACAGACGCUUUGUACAUGGUGAAAUUUAAGGGAACCAAAACACAGUUUGAUGACUUUAAUCCAAAGUGUUUGCUGCCUUCAAGUUUUGAAUACUGGACCUAUCCUGGAUCUUUGACAACACCCCCGCUAAAUGAAAGCGUGACAUGGAUUGUUCUGAAAGAACCAAUUAAAGUGUCAGAAAAACAGAUGGAGAGAUUUAGGAAAACACUGCUGUUUUCUGGGGAAGAAGAAGAGCAACGUAUUCAUAUGGUGAACAAUUUCCGCCCACCCCAACCGCUAAAAGGAAGGAAGGUCCAAGCAUCUUUCAAAUGCUAACAAUAAGGAAGAUAAAACCUUUAAUAUUCAAAGAGCUUCCACACCAGCAAGACCAAAUUCACUGCCUACGUGGAUCAGGGGUGCUCUGUUUUAUAGGGCAGCUGGCACCUUUAACAUAUGGGGAAGGGGAGGGAGAGGUUAAUUUUUUAAAGACUGCAAAGUACAGCACCUGUUGAAUUAGACAUAAGGACUAGGUAUUGAGACAAGCUUAGCCUGAGACUGUGUACCCGUGCAUACUACUGUAUCAUUGACUCUUGUUUACUAGUCUUUUAUAAAUGAAUGGGUACAAUAAGUAUAAAUUAAAAUGACUGAGUAAUUGCCCAUUAAUUAAGGGUGAUUUAAACCAUAGAUAAACACAAUUGCAAGAAUGUGCAGUUUGAUUUUAUUAUUUUCUUUUUCUUCUCUGGAAUUUGGAACCACUGGAAUUGUCAUCAGUGAAGUGAGUCGGUGCCUACAAACUCAACUCUCAACUCAAAGCAGUGUCAAACAACUGCUACAGCCAAUAGAAGCUGCAGAGAGUGGUGCAGAAAGAGCCAGCACAGCAGUGAAAAUACCAAACAAGAGAUAAUAAAUAUAUUGCAGUGUUAUUAUUCUUUUAUAGCACCAACAUAUUUAGCAGUUCGUACAGAGAUUACAUGUAAUUCACAACAGUUACUGCACAUUCUUGCAAUAUACAAGUGUUGGGUGGUGUAGUUAACCUUUAGUUUAAUAUAGAAUGGAUUUUGUAGGACAAUCAUUCAUAUCUCCUUGGAGGAUUGACAUUUUGCGUCUUUGACUUUAAACAUUCCAGGAAUUAUUUAAUGCCUUAUAUUAAUGAUAAAUAAUUAUUUUUGAUGUCAGCACUAAAUUAAUUAUUUUUGGGCUUGGGUGAAGGUAUGCUUGUAAAUACAUGUUGAUUUUCAAUUGUAUGUCAUAUAUAUAUAUAUAUAUAUUUAAGCUAACAAAUCAAUGUGAACUUUUCUAAGAAAUGAAAGGUUAACUAU